UUCGACAUAAUGACUUUAAUUAUAUACCAAAAACCUAGAUUGCUUUUUGUAAAUCUCAUAAACAAAACAAAUCCUAGAAAAUAAAGGCAGUUGUGGUAGCCUUCUAAUCCACAUUAAAAAAGGAGAGGCGGGGGACUUCACGUCACCCCAAAGCGUUUAUAUGAUAGAAGAUCAAAUCCUACCUCCAAAACCUCACAAAACAAUUAGCUUAUUUUCUUGAAUAACUUUCUGAUCAAGUAUUUGCUUUUCUCAUAUACUGCCAUUGACAUAUUUCCUUUUUCCUACUUUAGGUUAUGAUUUUGUUCUUUUUUCCUUUCAGUGGCAUUUCUAAGAUCUUUAUUUGUUUGUGAGAUUGAGAUUUGGGUUAGUUUCGAUUUUUAACAUCUUUUUCAACAUGUUACAUGUGCUCUUUUCUCUUUUGUAGUAUCACUUUCAGGGUUUCCUUUUCAAUGGCGGCAACGGAUGGUCUCCUUCUUAACCAAAGGAAAGACCCAAGACUCUGUUUCUUGCAUAAUACCAACAGGAAGAAGAUAAUUGAUGGCAAGCGCCUCAGCACACACCAUUCUCACCAUCCAGGCGUUUCAAGUCCUGGCAUCAACCGCGUUGCUGGCGCUUCGAGCUCUGGUCACAGUAGAGGACCUCGGACUUGGCAUCAUAUUCGUGGAAUUCCGUAUGCCACAUAUUGCAUUGGUGAACCUUCUCAAGUCUCGAACCCUGCUUUAGGAGCUACAUCGUCAAGUAGAGAUUUGACAGAUUCCACAGAACACAUUAAAGUAAAAAGUCGAACAGGUUGUACUCAACAGCAUCAAUCUAAUAAGAUAAAGAUGAACAAAGAUUCUGCCCCAUUGGUUAAAAAGAGUGGAAUUAAUGCAACUCCAGUUUCUAGGUCCUCUAAGCAGAAAGAACAAACAACACAGCCUCCCAAUGAUUCCACAAGUUUGAACAGGAGGAAUGGAACUAGUACAAUUCUAGAAUCAAAGCAGCUUAAACUGAAGGGAAUAAACCAAUCUCUCAGAGAUCCCGCAGGAUUGGCCAAAAAGAGUGCAAUUAGUAGAAUUCAGGCAUCAAUGCAUUUUGUGAAGAAAAAGGAAACAAUCCAAUCUCCCAAAAGUCCUACAGAUCUGGUUGAGAACGGUGGAACCAGUACAACUCUGGCAUCAAAGCAUGUUAUGCAGAAAAAGGAAACAACCCAACCUCCCAAAGGUCCUGCAGGGUUGGUCAAGAAUACUGGAACUAGAACUAUGGCAUCAAAGCACGUUAUGCAGAAACAGGAAACAGCCCAACCUCCCAAAGAUCUUGCAGGAUUGGUCAAGAAUAUCGCAACAAGUAGAAUUCCGGCAUCAAUGCAUAGUGUGCAGAAAAGGAAAACGACCCAAUUUCCCAAAGACUCUGCAGUGUGGGUUAAGAAGAGUGAAACUACUACUAGAAUUCCAACAUUGAAGCAAUUUACUCAAAGAAACGAAAAAACCCAACCUUCCAAGGGCUCUGCUGGGUUGGUAGGCAAGAAUGGAACAGGUAGAACUCUGACUUCUAAGCAGGUUACACACAAAAAAGAAACAAUUCCAGCCAAACCAAGACAAGAGCAACAUGUCUGCGAAGAUCAUAUAGUGUGGGAAGGUUUUGAUGAGCGCAUUGUGCCACUUGACAGGAGCUGUCUCUUAUGUGAUGGUGAUCUUGCAAAUGAACCCAAAUAUGAUCCAGAUCUAGAGCAUCUUAAACCUGCAGAGAAUGCUGUUCUUUCAUGUGGUCAUGUUUUUCAUAGUCUGUGCCUAAUGUUCGCCACAUCCGAAGAGAAGUCUAGAGAUCCUCCUUGCAUAAUAUGUGCCAGUAUUUUAUCUUAAACCCUCUGUAUUGCUUCAUUCUCAUAAAAUCUUCUCCUCAUUUUUUGUACUCCUACAUUCUUUUGCUGUUUACUAGAGUAGGAAAGGAGAAAGGAAA